AAUCAUUCUCCACAAAGUCCACAAAAAAUUAUCCAGAAAGAUAAAAUAAAAACGCUUUCAUAUAUUUUCAAAAUGCGAUUCUUAACAGUUUGUGGAGCAUACUUGGCCCUGGCCUUUGAGGCUGUUAAUGCUUUCCGCACUACUCAUGAGAUAAUUAAUUUGACUAGGGGCAAGAAGUAUGCAGAGAUUGACAUUAUGGCAGUUGGAUCUGAGAUGCUCAAGGUAUUCUGUUUCAGUCUCUUGAUAGUAGGGAUUAUCAUGCGCACAAAAUUUUUGCUGAAGGCCUGGUUGCUUCUCUCCUAUACUCACAUUAAUUGGGGCGUGCUAUUGAAAGUAAUCUUCAGCAUCUAUGAAUAUGUUCAUGGAGUGAAGCGCAAGAGUGUAAAAGAGUUCCUCAAGCAGUUUUUGAUGGAGCAUGGGGAAGCCCUCGUGCACAUCCUAGUCCAAGCUGCUAUUAUCUCAAUAGUAUAUGUGUAUUAUGAGAGCAUCGAUCCAAAAAAGUGCCGUAAACUAAAGAAAAUUCAAGCAUCAAAUGAGAUGAACCCAUCUAAAGAAAAUUCGAUUACCCUCAAAGCCAAUGAAGUUAAGGCCAGUGCCCCAGAAGCUGAUGAGAAAAAACCAGCAGAGCUUCAGAACAAUGAUGGCUCCAAAGGCGAUGAGUCGAAGGACAAAUAGAAAGAAUUUUUGAAAUUACCUGUUUAAGUUAUAGUUCAAAUGCGUCAUGAAGAAAAUUGACAAUAAACGUGCAUUAAAAAGUAA